AUGGACAGGCCUCAGGUAGAGGUCAGCGGUCCUGAACCCGCUCAGGCCGGAGACAAUGCCCAGGCACCUUCAAAUACUGAAGCUCCCGAUGUGAUCAUGGGCUCGACCGAGAAUGCAGAUGUCGCGAAUGAAGACCACACAAAACCGACUCAGGGCGCCCCUCUACCAGAUGGAGAGGCAGAAGGAGAUCCAAAGCGGAUCGAGGAACCAGCUCCGGUGAAGAAGAAGCCUGGUCUUCAAUUUCUCGAUUUUCUGACAUCGCCUAUCGUGGAACUUGCUGUCGGGUCGAGAGAAGAUCAAACAGUCUUGACCGCACAUCAAAGCCUGCUUUUGGAGUCUCCGCUCCUUGCGGAGGCAGUCGCGGCCUUCAAGGACUCGAGCUCGCGUCGCAUCGAACUUCCCGACGAAAACGUGGAAGCUUUUGGAUACUUCUUACAAUUCCAAUACACGCGCGACUACUCGGCUUCUCCUACCGGGGCCACUACAGAAGAAGCUGUCGUAGGGGAAAUUGACGACAGUGGCGAGCAGUUGUUAAAACAUGCACGGGUCUACACGUUGGCGGAGAAGCUUGGUAUCGCGCCUCUGAAGACCCUCGCUCAUUCCAAGAUUCACCGCAUCAACAGCACCUCUCAAGGUGAGAUCGCCUACGCCCGGUAUGUAUACACUCAUACGCCUAUAACCGAUGUCACGAUCAGGAAGCCAGUGGCUUCAUUUUGGGCAAUGAGAAGUCAUGUCUUGCGUCACGAAGCAGAGGGAGAAUUCAAGAAGCUGUGCCUUGAAGUUCCGCAGUUCUGUUUUGACGUGCUCAAUCUCGUUCUUGAUCAGAAGGAAAAACGCUCGCAGGAUAGAGCGGAAGCCGAAUCAGGUGUCAAAGGAAGUGGAAGGAAACGGCUGCGGAGCGGCCUGUAA